GGAAAGAGGGAGAGGAAACAUAUGGGUUUGGACAGCUCAGUCAGGCAUUACUGGGCCUAGAACUACAAGACUAAUGAUUGACGAGAGCUAGGCUGGGCAGAAAGACAGACUUCCAAGACCACAGAGCUGGGCUGGGGAAAAGAAAGGUAAAGAGAGAGAGUGACUUGGGAGAAAGACAUAGGGAGAGAGAGAAAGAAUCGAGAAAGAGGAGAGUGCUUUCAAUUUCCAUUGUCCUCUUCUGGACUUGGGAAGAGAAUAGUGAGAGAAAGAGGAGAAAAGGAGAAAGUGAUUUUUCCGGGAUAGGAUUCUGGUUUUGGGACAGGGACAGGCGUGAUUUGGACGGUCUGAGACCUUUUGUGGGCUGGUACGGACCUGGUUGUGGGGUGGACAUGGGCCUGUUUCUGACGGGUCUAGGAUUACUGCUCUGCUGUUCCCUCUCCUCCCCUCAGAGACUGGCUCCCUCAGAGAGAAAUGUCUGCCAGGACCUCAGGGAUCCCUCCACUCUUGUCUGUUGUACUGGAUGGAGGCAACAGGGAGAGGAGUGUACUAUACCUGUGUGUGAUGGCGAGCGGGCCUGCCAGCAGGAUGAGGUGUGUGUAUACCCGGGCGUCUGUCGCUGUCGCCCUGGCUACUAUGGAGCCCACUGCAAGACACGCUGCCCUCCAGAGUACUACUGAAGUAUUACAACCUGUCUCCCUCUUUGGGCUGCCCUCCAGAGUACUACUGAAGUAUUACAACCUGUCUCCCUCUUCAGGCUGCCCUCCAGAGUACUACUGAAGUAUUACAACCUGUCUCCCUCUUUGGGCUGCCCUCCAGAGUACUACUGAAGUAUUACAACCUGUCUCCCUCUUCAGGCUGCCCUCCAGAGUACUACUGAAGUAUUACAACCUGUCUCCCUCUUCAGGCUGCCCUCCAGAGUUCUGGGCACCGGACUGCCGUGAGAUGUGCAAGUGCCACCCUCACGGGCGAUGUGACCCGAUCACGGGCGAGUGCACAUGCCUCCCCAACCGCUGGGGGCCACUCUGCCAGAACGCCUGCAGAUGUGGCCGCCACGGGCACUGUCACCCUGUGCACGGCAACUGCACCUGCGACGAGGGCUGGUGGACACCCACCUGUACCAAGCAGUGCCAGUGCUACCCAGGCACCUCCACCUGCGACCCACUGACCGGCAGGUGUCAGUGUGCCUCAGGGUUCUGGGGUCAGAAGUGCAGCCUUCGCUGUAGCUGCUACAUAUCGUCGUGCCAACAGAAGACGGGGGCGUGCGAGUGCCAGAACGACUGGUGGGGUCCGUCGUGUGAUCGCCACUGUAACUGUGACCUGAAGCACAGCGAGUGUCAUGCCGUCAGCGGGGAGUGUUUAUGUCAGCCUGGGUACAAGGGAGCCGUCUGUAAUGAGCCGUGUGGACCUGGGGAGUAUGGCAGCGGGUGUACACUGAGCUGUGGCCACUGUAAACGAGGCCAGCCUUGCUCUGUGGUUGAUGGUGUCUGUAAGGCCUGUGAGCCUGGGUGGAACGGCACACGCUGUGACCGGCCGUGCAAGCGGGGUUACCAUGGAAACGACUGCCAUGAGGCCUGCCCACGCUGCAGGAACGGUGAACCAUGCAACCCCAGGACGGGGGCGUGUUCACGAUGUGAUCCAGGAUGGACCGGACCCAGAUGUGACAAGCCAUGCUUUAACAGAACAUUCGGAGACGCCUGCCGCUUCCUGUGCAGCCCCUGUUUCCAUGGCCACUGUGAUCACGUGACAGGAAGUUGUGUCUGUGGGCCCGGGUUCCAGGGACAGAGUUGUAACAUCACCUGUCCAGACCAGCUGUAUGGCUUUAACUGUUCCUCUGUCUGUGACUGUGGAGAGGGCACCGCCUGUCACCCAGAAACGGGGGCGUGUCCAUUCAGUGGUCACAGGGCUCUGAUCGCUGGUCUCCUGGUCCCUCUGACCUUGGUGCUGCUGGGUCUGGUCUGCUGCUGCUGCUGCUGUGGAGGACCUACUGACGGCAAAGACAGGGUAGCAGUGGGUGACGGUGGUACCUCUGUCCGUAUGAAGUAUCAUGUGUAUAAUGUCCUGGCCAACGUGAGCUCUGCUGUACCCUGUAUCUCUAUCUGGUCCUCUGGGCUACCCAGAGUCACAGUGUCCCACCACGACCCUGAGCUGACAUUCAACCACAGUUUCAUAGAGCCUCCCUCCUCAGGCUGGGUGACGGAUGGAUCCUCCUUCGACAGUGAUGAGGAGACCGGAGAGGCUCUCUACUGUGUCCCCCCCAGAGAAGACAUCCCUGCAGUGGCGGGCGGUGAGUUCCAGGAGUUCCAGCAUGAGAUGAGUUCUAAGUGUAACAUGUUCCCCGACCCCUCUGCCUUCAGCGUUAGUGCAGAAGACAUGUCCCUCCCCUUUGGCAUCCCCCGCACCUCCAGCAACGCCAAGUCCAAACGCCCCUCCGUCUCCUUCGCCGAAGGCACCAGGUUCAGCCCCAAGGAGCGCCGAGGCUCUGCCCAGGACCUGACUCCCGGGGCCCCCCGCACCAAACCUAAGUCCCCCUGGGGGGUCCUGAUGCUAUCAGCCCUCCAGGCCCAUGGAGGGAAGGCCUCAGAGGGGGAAGAGAGGGAGACAGGUGAGGGGGGUGUGGAUGGAUGUGGAGGUGAGACUGGACCAUUGGAAGAACCAGGAUCCAGUGGUGAAGCAGGGGACCCCGAUGUGGACAGGUACACGGCCACCCCGUCCCAAGCCAUGUCUACCCUGCAGGUGCCUGGAGCAUUGGUAGGAAGAAGACGCACCAUAUCCAACACUGCUGUUAACAGAAAGGGUGGGCAAACACCAGGGUCCACAUCCAAUGGCCAGCAGGCAGAGAUCGAUAAAGGGAUGGACAAGGUGACCACAGUGUACGUGACAGUGGGUAAGGCGGGGGUGGGGAGGCCCCUGUCUAAACUAGAGCUCCCCAGCUCGGAGGGCCCGGUACAGGCCAUGCUACGCAGGCUAGGCAGCCUCCAGAGACAUAAAGACCAGGAGGGGGGAACUAGGUCCAAGGGUAAGAUCCCGGUGGCGGAGGGGAUCACCAAGCCACCCAGGAGGAAGCUAGGGGCCAGGGCCAGUGUGUGGGAGCAGGGGGGUCACCCACCCUUGGGGGUGGAGGGUCCUGUAGGGGAAGGCGUACCUAUGAGGAAACCCAGUAGGAGGAAACAGCACGCCCACCACAGCUCGCCUGCUGUCAUGGGAAACACUGACGAUGGCACUAACACUCACCCCCCACCAGAGGGUGCCAAUGCCACCAUUAUGCCUACGAGGCCCCUGUCCUCCAUUUUGAAAAGUGUGCCAGAGGUCGCUGGGUUAGAAGUCAUGGGUGAAAGGUCAGCGGUGAGGGGAGGGAAUGGUGACCCUGGGAUGCAGACUGAGACUGACAGUGGAUAUCUAACAGUCGGGCCAGCUGGAGUUGUAACCAACGCUGUUAGUCUGAGUGAAGUCAUCGCCAAUGACGGAGUGGUGGCCAGUGUGGACGAUGGAGCUAACCUAUAUGAGAAUGUGAUGAUAAUGCAUUCCUAACUUCAGAUGCGAAUGACUGUGCUGCUCGAUCUCCUCUCACAAUCGAGUAUGUAGUUUGACUACUAAUGAAUGAGGAAUUUGGAAACUAGCUUAAUGUACUGAAGUUAACAGUUGAGUCUGACAUUAACUAACUUUACAAUAUUGAGUAUACCAUUUUAUGAAUUACAAUAUGUACAUGAUGGUUCUGUACAAUAUGUACUGUAUGUAUGUAUAUCAUGCAACAAUAGGAUAAUGUUGAAAUCGCCUUACCAAAUAGUAAUCGACACUGUAACUGCCAUGUGUGAAACAACUAUACAAAUUAAAACAAAAAAAUGCAUGCUCCGA